AUUGCAGAUGCAGCCAAAAUUACGUGGUUUUUCUCUUGAGAAUACAGAGAACUUACAACUACACUUUUGACUUUACUGCAAAACUCCCUUUCGUAACAAAAUCGUGUGUUACCUGUGUGUGUUACGUAGCAAAAAAAUAGUGACAUAAUUGUGCCUUCUGUAACCCGGUGUUGUCGGUGUUUUAGUGAACAUUGGUUGACAAUAUGAAGCUGAAAGAGUUGAAGAAGACGGUGAACGUGAGCUGGUCUCCGGCGGACCAGUAUCCGUUGAUGCUGGCGGCGGGGUCGGCGGCGCAGCAGGUCGAUGCCAACUUUAGCUCCAGUUCGAUUCUCGAGCUCUACUCACUGAACAUAGAAGACCCUAGCUUGGACUUGACGCUAAAAGGCGGCAUUCCAACGCAGAACAAAUUUCAGAAGCUAGUAUGGUCUGGCGCCGGGGUCGUUGUAGGAGGGUGCGAUGGAGGUUUACUACAGUUCUAUAAAGCGGACAAACUACUAAACAGUGCCAAUGAUUCACUUAUUGGCAGCUGCUCAAAACACACAGGCGCGGUAUCAGCUUUAGACAUAAACCCAUACCAGAAGAACCUACUAGCAUCUGGAGCAUCAGACAGCGAGAUAUUCAUAUGGGAUCUCAACAACACCAGCCAGCCCAUGGCCCCGGGGAACAGGCACCAGCCGUACGAACAUGUCCAGGGAGUGGCUUGGAAUCAGCAAGUCCAACAUAUUCUUGGUUCCACAUUUGCAACAAGCUGUCUUGUUUGGGAUCUAAGAAAGAAUGAACCAAUUAUGAAAUUAAGUGACUCCCAAUCGCGAACAAAAUGGCGUGCGCUGGCGUGGCACCCGUCAGUGGCGACGCAACUGUGCAUCGCGUCCGAGGACGACCAGCUGCCAGUCGUGCAGCUGUGGGAUCUCAGGCUAGCGGCUUCCCCCGUGGUGACGAUGGAGGGCCACCGCGCCGGCUGCCUGUCGCUGUCGUGGUGCUCGCAGGACCCCGACCUGCUGCUGUCCACCGGCAAGGACGGCCGCCUGCUCGUGUGGAACCCCAAUGACACGCGCCCCGGCGGCGAGCUGGUGAUGGAACUGGAGUCGGAGGCGCGGUUCUGUGUGGCGGCGGAGUGGGCGCCGCGCGGCGGGCUGAUCGCUGCGGCCGCCGGCAGCGUCACCGUACACAGCCUGCUUAGCUCCGGACCGCCUAGAGAGAGUGCUACAGCGGCCAGUAACUUCCUCGACUCAUUCGGUGGGGCGGCGGAACUACAGGCGUUGCCGGCGGUGGCCACGCCAGCGCCCGCACCCGUGCGUCCCAUGCCCGCACGAGCGCCGCGCUGGUUACGACGACCCGUCGCUGCGAGGUUCGCGUUCGGUGGCAAGCUGGUCACAUUCGAGAAAUGUCCGCAAGAAUCACAGAAGUUAGUCUACAUAAGUCAGGUAGUAACGGACCCGGACGUAGUUGACCGCGCGAACGAGCUAGACAAUGUCCUGCGACUGACCUCCUCCCGCGAGCCCCAUGCCGCGGAGACCUUAGCUGAAUAUUGUCGUCAGAAGGGCGACGAGUCAGAAGACCAAAAUGAACGGUAUCUGUGGUUUAUCCUGCGCGCCAGCUUCCUGCCCACCUGUCGUACAGAGAUACUCAAGCUGCUAGGUUUCAAACAAGACGAGAUACCGCAGAAAUUCAAAGGGCCGACCGAUGCGCCUGCGCAGACUGGUCUUAGUCGUGGAGAGUCUACGGAGACGGAGGCAGAGUUAUCAACUGACACAAGCACUGAUCUAUCUGAGACUCAGACGCAGAUUGAGAGGAAGCUGUCAAACCUGGACUUAGAACCCACCGUCAAAAAUGUGCUCAUACCUAAUGGUGAUGACUCAACUAGCUUGAUCUGUCGUGCGCUAGUUUGCGGCAACAUAGAAGAGGCUGUGGAGUUGUGUUUGGAGGCCAAACGCAUCGCUGAUGCGUUACUAAUCGCUUCCUUGGGUAGCCCCGAGCUGCUGUCGCGGGUGCAGCGCUACCACGUGCGCGCGGGCAGCGACGCUGUCACGUUGCUGGCGGGCGGGCUGCUCGCCGGGUGGGAGGGGCCGGUGGCCGCCGCUGACGUCACCAGCUGGCGCAGCACGCUCGCGGCGCUCGUCACGCACGCGGAUAAUGCUGAUUUGGGACGGUAUUGUGAGAUGCUAGCCGCUCGCCUUCGCUCGGCGGGCGAGCCGGCGGCGGCGGCGUUGUGCUGCGCGGUCGGUGCGAGCGGUGGAGCGGCGGCCAGCGCCCGCAGCGAGGUGCGCGCGCCACUGGCGCUGCUGCUGCGUGCUGCGGCGCAGGUGCGGGGGCUGAACCAUGCGUCCGACAGUGGCGUGGAGGCGGUGCUGACAUCGUGCGCGGCGGAGCUGGCGGCGCAGGGUUGCCUGCACAGCGCGCUGGCGGCGCUCGUAGACGUGCACACGCCGCUGCGGGACCGCCUGCAAGGCGCGCUGCAGCAGCCGCAGACGCAGGCGCAGCGUCCGAGCGUCGUGGGCGCGCGGUCCCGCACCGUGAGCACGCAGUCGCAGCGCUCGCAGUACGCAUACAACGACGCACCCUACAACAACGGUCCAGUUGACCGAGCGAGAGGAGGUUCGAUAUCUCAGCCGCCGAGACCGCCGAGUGUCAACAGUGCUGCUGGUGGCAUCACCUCCCGGUCGAAAUACAAGGUCGAUCCGUCAGUGCAGUCCGCCCCUUACAACCAGUACGGGUACAACAACCCCAUACAGUCGCAACCAGGCUACGGGUACAAUAGCCCCAUACCCGACCAGUACAACAGCGGUGUACCCGCGCAUAACUUCGCUCCAAUUAACUCGAAUCCCAUUAAUCAGAUGCCUUUGAAUCCAAUGAAUCCGAUGGCAUUGAAUCCCAUGAAUCCGACCCCGAUGAAUCCAACCCCACUUAAUCCAAUGGCAGCGCCGCUUAAUCCAACGGCAGCCCCACUUAACCCAAGUCAGUCAGUGAACGGCGGCUACUACAACCCCCCACCAGCUCAGCCGGUCAAAGCGGCCCCCCCUCCCAAACCCGCAGCGCCGGGCUGGAACGACCCACCGAUGAUGACGCCUAAAGCCAAGGAGGUAGGUUACGAAAUGUCGGCGCGCCACGCCGGCAGUCGAGAGUGGGGGCGCGUCAUACACCGCCGCCGCGCGGACGAGCCAAAACAAGAGGUCCAACAGCAAGCACCAAUCACGCAUCCUCUGUUCGGAGUGGAACCCCCACAGCAUGUGCCUUUAGUACCCAACCAGUACCCUGGCCAAGAUUAUAACCAGCAGUACCCUGGACAAGCGCCCAGUCAACAGUACCCCGGUCAGCAACAGUUCCCUGGUCAACAACAGUUCCCUGGUCAACAACAGUUCCCUGGUCAACAACAGUUCCCUGGCCAACAACAGUUCCCUGGCCAACAACAGUUCCCUGGCCAACAACAGUUCCCUGGGCAGAUGCCAGGUCAACAGUACCCUGGACAAGGUCAGAUGCCCGGGCAAUACCAGGAUCAAUACCCACCGCCGGCACAAGGAUAUCAACCGCCGGUAGAACCCGCAGCAGUAGCAGCGCCGAUAGAGAAGCCCCCGCUGCCCGCUGAGUACCUCCCCCUGCAGCAGACAUUCGACUCGCUGCUCGACCGCUGUCGGACACACGCGAACCCGCAAAUGAAGAGGAAACUCGAAGACGUCCAAAAGAGGCUAGAGACUAUGUACGACCUGCUUAGAGAACAUAAGCUAUCCGAAGCGGGCGUGUCCACGCUACAGGCGAUAGCGGGAGCGGCGGCGGGUGGCGACGCUGCGGGCGCGGCGGCGGCGACGGGUGCGCUGGCGGGCGGCACCGACUUUGCUGCUGCUGCCAGCUUCUUACCAGGCCUGAAAGUGCUGCUGGCGGCUUGCGCGCAGAUCCACUGACCUGCAGAAUAAACAGAGUCCUAGUGGAGAAUCUGGCUGCAUAUGAAAAGCCCCCGCCCCCGCGUGUAACACCACCAAAACGUUUCCCUGAACCAAACUAAAACUUGAGGUUUCAAUUUUGGAGGCGUUAGUAUAUUAUAUGUAAAUAAUUAUAAUCAAAUAUAAUAUGUUUAUUUUA